GCUUGAUCAAUGGCGGCCUCCACCCGCAAAUCCCCAACGCCGCCGCGACGGCGCUGCUAGUCUUUGGUACUCCGUUCUGCUUCUGCCGUUCUUCAAUCGAGAGAUUACGAUUUCUAUAAUCAAAAUCCAGACGCGAAUCAGAGAGAGAUAGGGGGAUUUGGGGGAAUUAGUAGAUACAGUAGAACAGAAGAGGAGGAGCAGCAGGUCGAAGGAAGCCCCAGCUUUCGCCGAUGAUUGCGGCGGCGGCGGAGAAGAGCCCCGAAAGGGAGGCGGAGGAGUCGAACCCGCGCGCGGAGGCGUUUCUGGAUAUCAUCUGCCGCGUCCCGGCGGGGGAGGUGGAGGCGGCGCUGUCCGCUUGCGGCAUCGGCCCCACGGCGGAGGUCGCGGAACUGGUGCUCAAGUCCUGCGAGUGCUACAAGCGCCCCAAGUCCGCCGUCCGCUUCUUCCGCUGGGCGGGGCUGUCCCUGUCGCACACCGCCUACGCGUGGAACCUCCUUGUCGACAUCCUCGGCAAGGCCGCCAUGUUCGAGCCCAUGUGGGACGCCAUCCGCUCCAUGCACCAGGAGGGCGGUGGCCGGCUCGUCUCCGUCGCCACUUUCGCCUCCGUCUUCGCCUCCUACUGCGCCAGUGGCAACCUCAAGGAUGCCAUCGCGGCCUUGGACGUCAUGGACCGCUACGGCCUCAAGCCCGACGCCGUCGCGCUCAACUCGCUGCUCUCGGCGAUUUGCCGCGUCGAGGGCCGCGCGCAGGCAGCGCACGACGUCUUCGAGCGCACCAAGGCCACCAUCCCGCCCGACGCCGACACCUUCGCGAUACUGCUCGAGGCAUGUGAGAAGGAGGGGAACGCCAUGCGCGCCAAGAGCGUCUUUGGCGAGAUGGUCGUCCGCGUCGGCUGGGACGCGGCCAACGUGCCCGCGUACGACUCCUUCCUCUCCACUCUCGUCCGCGGCGGCCUGUUCGACGAGGCCUUCAAAUUCCUGCAGGUGAUGCGGAGCAAGGGCUGCUUGCCGGGGAUCAAAUUUUUUGCUACCGCUGUGGAUCUGGUCGUCCUCAAGCGUGACUACCCCAACGCCGUAGCCAUCUGGAACUUGAUGGUCUCUGAAGCUGGCCUCGUUCCCAAUUUCUCAAUGUACAACGCCAUGAUUGGCCUCUACUGCAAUGCUGGUGCCAUGGACUAUGCCCUUGGGAUGCUUGAUGAAAUGCCCCUCAACGGUGUCUUUGCAAAUUCUGUCACAUACAAUACCAUACUGGAGGGAUUCAUAAAGCAUUGCAAGGCUCGUGAGGCUGAAAGAUUCCUAACAGAGAUGAGCAAGAAUGAGCAACUGCCUACUGCAUCCAAUUGCGCUGCUGCUAUCAGCUUGUUCUUUAAGGAGUUUAACCCAUCUGCAGCAAUUGACGUGUGGCGCUGUAUUGUGGAGCACAACAUUACCCCAGCUGAGGACUCUGCCAAAGAGCUAAUAGCAGGGCUGCUUGAUUUUGGCAGGUUAACUGAGGUGGAGAGGCGUGCCGAUGAGAUGAUUGACAUGAGAGUUGAGUUGUCACGGUCUACAAUGGAUAAUAUGAAGCGUGCUUUUGCUAAGGCUCAAAGGCACCAGUCAUAUGACCGCAUUGCUAGAAGGCUGAAGAGACACACCUGAAUGCUUUAAUCAGCUGCCAACAAGGCAACAACACAAUGGAGAGUCUAGCUGCAUAUGAUCCCAACAAUGAUCCAAAACGUAGACCACUGAACUUGAAAGAUUAAGCUCUGCGACAAGAGAAUUAUAGCAGGAAUUAAAAGAUUGAAGAAACAUCUAGCUGGUGGCUAUAGACAUAUGAUUCCAUGUCCAGAGGCUGGCACUGAACUAAGGAAAAGGAUUCAAGAAUGCUUGAAUGCUACUAACAAUGUCAAUAAGUUUGAUGAUGAUGAUGUAUACUAAGAGAUGAGAGGCAAGAGUUGGGUGUUACGUCAUUAGUAAUUAAGUCGUUAUGCCAUUAGAGUCUAAUUUGUUGCUAUUGAGAGGAGAGAUUAUUUCAGAUUUGCUAUUUUUCUACUUUAUGUUGUGCACUAGUACUCAAGUGGCACUACUUAUUGUGGCAUUACAUGCUCAAAAUGGGCAAUAUUAAAGUAUAAUUUGCUUUUAAAUUCUAGUGGCAUUACAUAUUAUAUAUUAUAAGAUGUUUGUAUGCCAUCGCCUUGCCUCGUGCCUUAAAUACCUAUGCAUCUAGAAGGGGUAGCUUGCCAUGCGUCGCCUUACCGCCUUAAUAACCAUGAUAUGGAUAUGGCUUGGGUUGGACAUGUAGCUCUAGCCCUGCUUGCCAGCCUGUGCCUGUCUUGCACACCUAUAGAUUGAGUUAUAUGUGGCAAGGAUAUCGAAGGAUGGUUCUGUUUCCAUGGGCCGCCCCCAUCCACGCCUAUAUAUACAUAUACAUGUACCUUGUACUUGAGAUAUCAAUCUACUAUUCUGCAUAUUCUCACAACUUACAUGGUAUCAAGAGACUCGAUCAAUCCGAUCCUCCUUUCGUUUCCCUUCUCAUGCCGUCUCCUCAAUCUCUCGCCUCACACCACAUUUCCGCGUGUCUCCUCCUAACUGAUCGAUCGAUCUCGCUUCCCUUCUAUCUUUGUGUUGCAGUGCCGCCUUGACCCUUUCAUGUCCGGCAUCCCUCAUCCAUUGCUUCGAGAACCACAGCGGAAGCCUAGCUUGCCACUGUUGUUGCUACCGCGUACUCGAGAAUGGGCUGCCACUGUUGCCAAGGAUCUAGAAGUCGCAGUCGCGGCUAUUGUUGCCCCUCAGGAGCUAGUAGCAGCAACCAUUGCCACCGCCAAGACCAAGACGACGUUGCGAACGUGAGGCCGCCCUUACUGCCACGGAAAGUGAUGCUGCUGAGGCUUGCAUGCGUGAUGUUAUCACCUGUGCUGUCACUGCACCCUCCUCUUGAAUCCAAUGUACAUCACAUCGGCUCGGACAACCACAAUUCCAUGUUGCCGAAUGUUUGCGCGGCUUUGAGGCCACUGCCAUGGAAAAUUUUCACAUUGUGCCAUCUUGGCCACCAAAAUGGAAACUACAUUUCCUAGUAUUUAUUCUUUUCAAGUGGUACAUCACUAGUCCAUACCCCCUUGAUGUGGGUUCUAGCGCCAACUUAACAUGCUAACUGGGUUUGUCGCACGUGGCAUCCCAGCACAUGACAGAUGUGCUCUUCCACAUUUGCGUUGCAUGUGAGAACGAUGAAUGAGAGGCCACCACAAGUGAGACCUCGUUCACCACGUGGUCGAUGAAAUGCGCUAACUAAGAGUUGUCUCAUGGAGACCAAUGAACAUGCCAUGUUAGCUCUAGUGCCCACGAGGAGGGUAUGGUCCUAUGAUGCAUCAGCUAAAAAGAUUAGGGACAUUGAAAUGUGCUUUCAUAGUUGGUGGACCUAAGUGACAUUUAAGGGCCACCUAUGUAUUUAACUCUUUUUCUCUAAAUGGAUAUUUAGAGGACCUUGAUGAAGGUAAGAGACGGGGAUGGUGAAAUAUGAGGCAUAACAAGCAUCAUGCAACAUUCAACACAAGGCAACAUAUGUCCUUGACACAACCUAGUCAUUAGAGGCAAGUUUGAGGUUAGGAUAUGUGAUCAGGGUUCAAGAAUCUUAGAUCAUAGGUUUGUUUGAAAUAAUGUCAUCAUGACCGAUGGCAAAACGUCAAGAAAGAGAGGGAGUAGCUUGACCAACUCUUGUUGUUGGCUACCAUGCUUGUUCAUAGCUGAAGCUGACAUGGUCACCAUCAUCGAUAUGAAGAAAGAAGCAAGAAAAGACACGAGGGAGAGAUGAAAGGUUGUGGGAGUGAUGGAAGGAAAGGAAGACAAGGCAAUAGAGGCAACACUUGUGUUGAAAGAGGUGACAUGGUGCUAGCAUGUAGCGAGGAAAGACAUGCUCAACCAACAAAGGAGUUGAGAGAUGACAUGAAGAACAAAGGGUAUGCUGGUUGAAGUUGGUUGAGUCUAUUUCCCUAUCUUCUGAUGGUUCCAUUUUUCAUUUUCCCCUUUCUUUUGAUUUAGGGGUUUAUCAUCCCUUCAUUAGAUUUUGAUCAUAUAAUUGUUAUCUAACUUUAUUUGUGAAA